AUGGCGUCCUACAAGAUUUCUGCCCCGGACGAGUACCUUGCCAUCACUGGCAUGGGUAUUCGUACCGUCAGAAUCACAAAGGCUGCCUGGGUCUGGCCCUUUCAGCGGUACACUCGUUUCAGUGUUCAGCCCCACGACUAUGCCAUGGACCUCCAGGCAAUGACAAAGGAGAAGCUGCAGUUCUCUCUCCCUGUUGUAUUCACAGUUGGACCUGACGUAAAUCAGCGCGGGGGCAACAUUAAAGGAGGAGUCGCCGCAGAAACAAUCUCACAUGAUGGAGAUGAGAAUUAUGAGACUUCAGGCCAUCAAGAAGACUCUGGAGAUGCUCUCGUCAAGUAUGCGAUGCUGCUGGCUCGCUCUAACAGCGGCAACAGGGUUGUUGCAGAGCGAGAUCAUGUCGAAAACAUUGUCAAAGGCAUCAUUGAGGGUGAAACGCGUGUUCUGGUUUCCGGAAUGACCAUGGAAGAAAUCUUCACCGAACGUGAGGUUUUCAAGCGACGCAUCUUCCGUAACAUUCAGGGAGAACUCCAGCAAUUCGGCCUCAAGAUCUACAACUCCAACGUCAAAGAGCUCAAGGACGCUCCUAACUCCAUCUACUUCGAAUCGCUCUCCAAAAAGGCCCACGAAGGCGCAACGAACCAGGCACGAAUCGACGUUGCUGAAGCUCAGCUACGAGGCAACGUCGGCGAAGCCAAGAAGAAGGGAGAACAAGAGAGAGAAAUCGCGAAAAUCAAUGCAGAAACAGCAGUCCAGAAGACGGAGAGGGACAUCGAGAGGGCGGAGGCGGAGGCGCGUCUCCAUACGCAACAAGCUGCUCUAACUCGAGAUGUGGAGAUCGCCCGCGUCACUGCUAAGCGCACUCUUGAGUCUACAGAUGAGAAUCUAAAGCGCGAUGUCGAAGUCAAGCGUGCAGCAGCUGAGAUGGAACGUCUUCGAGCCCAAGAUGUCGUCAAAGCAACGAUUAUCCGUGAAUCUAAGCAACAAGCCGCAGAUGCCCUCGCGUAUGAACUCAAUGCAAAGGCAAAGGCAGAUUGGGAGGCAGGACAACGUGCUGCAGAUACAGACGCCUACAAGACUCGUGUCUCUGCAGAGGCAAACCAAGAGGCGAGCCAGCGAGGAGCAGAUACAGAGGUCUACAAGAGUCAAAAGGCUUCCGAAGCGAACGCAUACAAGACUCGUGUUACGGCCGAGGCAAACCAAGAGGCUAAUCAACGCGCGGCAGACGCUGAGAUUUAUAAAAGCCAAAAGGCUGCCGACGCAGAAGCAUAUAGGGUUCGUGUGACGGCCGAGGCAAACCAAGAAGCAAGUGUUCGGAGCGCUGAGGCCGCCCUUGUACGAACCCUCAAAGAAGCCGAAGGUAUCACGGCAAUGGCAGAUGCAUACGGCAAGCUCUCCGUUGCCUUUGGUGGUCCAGCUGGUCUUCUCCAGUACAUGAUGAUCAAGGACGGCACCCUUGUCGAGCUCGCCAAGGCCAACGCCAGCGCCAUCCGCGGACUGGAGCCCAAGAUUAGCGUUUGGAAUACCGGAAGCCAGGGUAACGGCUCGGAACCAACCGAUGUCAUGCGCAAUGUCUAUCAGAUGCUUCCACCACUGAUGACUACGAUUAAUGAGCAGACUGGCAUCACUCUUCCUGAGUGGCAGUUUGGCCGACUCAACGCGGCUCAGGGGGCGAUGACAGAGAGCAACGUGAAUGGAGCUGGAAAGAAGAAGUAA